GCACUGCGGCUCAGACUCUCUUGUGGGCUGAUGGCUUGUCAGUUGGGCAGCUGCAACAUGAAUGCAGUGACCUAUGAUGACGUGCAUGUCGACUUCACUUGGGAAGAAUGGACUUUGCUGAAUCCUUCCCAGAAGAGUCUCUACAGAGAUGUGAUGGUGGAGACCUACAGAAACCUCACUACUAUAGGAUACAUUUGGGAAGGCCAUAAUAUUGAAGAACAUUGUCAAAAUUCUAGAAGCCAUGAAAGGCAUGAAAAUAUACAUACUAGAUUGAAACCCUAUGAAGAAUAUGAGUGUGAUAAAGCCUUUUUACAUCACAAUCAUCUUCAAAUGCUUAUAAGAUCAUACACUGGAGAGAAACCCUAUGAAUAUAAUCAAUGUUGUAAAAUCUUUGCCUGUCACUGCACUCUUCAAAUGCAUAAAAGAACACAUACCGGAGAGAAGCCUUAUGAAUGUAAUCAGUUUGGCAAAGCUAUUGCGCUUUCCAGUACUUUUCAAAUUCAUAAAAGAACACAUACUGGAAAGAAGCCAUAUGAAUGUUAUCAGUGUGGUAAAGUCUUUGCAUUUCCCAGUGUUCUUCAAAGACAUGAAAGAAUGCAUACUGGAGACAAGCCCUAUGAAUGUCAUCAGUGUGGUAAAGCCUUUGUGUGUCAGAGUAAUCUCAAAAUGCAUGAACGAACCCAUACUGGAGAGAAACCCUAUGAAUGUAAUCAGUGUGGUAAAGCCUUCGCACGGCACAUUUAUCUUCACAAUCAUGAACGAACCCAUACUGGAGAGAAGCCCUAUGAAUGUAAUCAGUGUGGUAAAGCCUUCGCUCGGCCAGGGCAUCUUCAAACUCAUGAAAGAACGCAUACUGGAGAGAAACCCUAUGAAUGUAAUCAGUGUGGUAAAGCCUUUGCAUGUCUCAGUACUCUCCGAAAGCAUAAAAGAACCCAUACUGGAGAGAAACCCUAUGAAUGUAAUCAUUGUGGUAAAGCCUUUGCACAGCACUAUCAUCUACAAAGUCAUGAAAGAACCCAUACUGGAGAGAAACCCUAUCAAUGUAAUCUGUGUGGUAAAGCCUUUGUGUGUCCUAGUUAUCUCCAAAUUCAUGAAAGAACGCAUACUGGAGAGAAACCCUAUGAAUGUAAUCAAUGUGGUAAAGCCUUUGUAUAUCAAAGGAGUCUCCAAACACAUGUAAAAACCCAUACUGGAGAAAAACCGUAUAAAUGUAAUCAGUGUGGUAAAGCUUUCACACAGCAUGGUCAUCUUCAAAUUCAUGAAAGAAGACAUACUGGAGAGAAACCCUAUGAAUGUAUUCAGUGUGGUAAAGCCUUUGCAUAUCCCAGUAGUUUCCAAAAACAUAAAAGAACCCAUACCGGGGAGAAACCCUAUGAAUGUAAUCAGUGUGGUAAAGCCUUUGCAUGGCUCAGUUAUCUCCGAAAGCAUAAAACAAUCCAUACUGGAGAGAAACCCUAUGAAUGCAAUCAGUGUGGUGAAGCCUUUGCACAGCACAUUCAUCUACAAAGUCAUGAAAGAAUCCAUGCUGGAGUUAAUCCCUAUGAAUGUAAUAGGUGUGGUAAAGCCUUUGUAUGUCACAGUAGUCUCCAAACACAUGAAAAACAUACUGGAGAGAAACCCUAUGAAUAUAAUCAAUGUGGAAAAGCCUUUGUAUUUAUAGUAAUCCCUAAAAACAUAAAAGCACCCAUACUAGAGAGAAACAUAAUGUAUGUAAUUAGUGUGCUAAAGGCUUUGUUUAUCAUAGUUAUUUUUAAAGACAUGAACUAACAAAUGCUAAACUCUAUGAAUGUAACGAGUGUGGUAAAGCCUUUGCACUUUACAGUACUCUACAAAUGCAUAAAAGAUCACACACUGGAGAUAAACUUUAUGAAUGUUAUCAGUUUGGUAAAGCCUUUGCAUGUGUGAAUAAUCUAAAUCAUGAGAAAAAAUCAUACUGCAGAGAAACCCUGUAAACGUAUUCAGUGUAAUAAAGUUUUGUACUUUAUAUAGGAAUAAAACUUUUUGUGUGCAACAA